CUCUAGGGUCACCAACUUCUAUCCAGCAAACCACACAUGCAGCAUGACAACUGGAAUGAUAACUGUAAGUCUUUUGGAAUCUAUCUCAGACAUACCCGCCUAGACCCCCAGAUUCACUAGAUAUUCGCCAGUCUCUUAUCGUGAAGCUAUUGAGAAUAGACCCACGUGAUUUCCCUGGUUUGAAACGCUUUGAUUGGCCCAAGCGCGCCGGUGUACGCCAUCAGUGUUGCCUCCGAUGUUGCACUUAUCAGUUCAGCAAUCAAUCAUGCCCCUGAGAAGGCGAUGUAGUAGGAUCUCAGCACUUUGCCAUUGAUAGACUUUUCCUUCAUCUUCUCAACCUAUAUACCAAAGUCAUAUACACGAACAGCAUUACAAGAAGACUUGUCAUAGCGCAGGAACUGAAUUAGGCAGACACCUGCUUGGUAAUCACUAUAGAUAACCAUCUACAGACGACGGAGAACAUCCGUUGAUCCUCAACCGAAGGAACUCACAACAUAUACAGAACAUAGAUAUUUACAAGGGACUAGCAAUCCUUUCUAUGAACUAUGGGCCCAAGUAACCACCAGGGGGACGAGAGCGGCAUUCCGCGGAAAGCCGACCACCUUUGUGUCUUGAUCCAUGGAUUCUGGGGCAACCCCUCUCAUAUGGACCACCUAGCAGCGUCACUGCGCCAGCGAUACAGUGAGGACCGCCUCCACGUUCUUGUCGCAGAGCGCAACAUCGGAAAUCUCACAUACGAUGGGAUCGAAGUCGGCGGCGAGCGGGUUGCUCACGAGAUCGAAGAAACGCUGGGUACAUUAGCCGACCAAGGAUGUCCUAUCCGGAAACUGAGUGUCGUCGGGUACUCAUUCGGAGGCCUGCUAGCCAGAUAUGCAAUAGGAUUGCUCGACGCACGAGGGUGGUUCGAUAAACUAGAGCCGGUCAACUUCACAACCUUCGUGUCGCCACAUGUUGGCGUGCGGAUUCCCCGACAGGGUGUCUGGGGCUAUAUCUGGAAUAACGUAGGGCCCCGGCAGGGGUCUAUAUCAGCGCAGCAGUUGUUCUUGGUUGAUUCUUUUGGGGACUCGGGGCGGCCGCUGCUUAGCAUUUUGGCGGAUCCGGAUAGUAUCUUCGUGUGGGCUCUGGCAAAGUUCAAGAACCGCAGUCUUUAUGGAAAUGUUGUCAAUGAUCGCACUACAAUCUUCUAUACAACCACGCUUUCGUUGGUGGAUCCUUUCCGUGAUCUGGGCGACGCGCAGGUUAAUUAUGUUAAGGGGUAUGAGCCUGUUGUAAUUGACCCAGAUAUGUACUUUCUGCCUUCAGCGGAGGUGAAAGAGUCUUUGCCAUUGGCUUCUCGUGUGUGGGAGCAAAUAACGAGAUUUUUCACCACGGCCUUGUUCUGGGUCUUUAUUGCUCUGUUCUUAUCCAUCGUCCUCCCGCUUUUCUUCUUGCACUCUAUCUCCCAGUGGUCCCACAGUCGAGAACGAGUCCGGCUACAUGAGGAAGGAGAGAGCGCAACGCUCUUCAGGCAAUACCGGUUGCCUCACGUCAUGGUAAAGCAAAUGCAAAGCGCCAUAGAAGAAGCAUACGAGGACGUCGGGUUCAGCCAGGACCCCGAAUAUCUCUCCACCACAAGCAACAGCAGCUCAGCAGAUUCAAUCAGGCGACGGAACUCCCCCAGUCUGAAAGCGAAAGAAGCUGCAGGGCACAAACCCAGCUCCAUCACCAUCCAAGAAGCUUCCCCGCCAACACCAGAGCAUGGUCAACCAAACAGCACCCGCGAAACAACUGCAGAUGAUGCCAUCAGCAAGAAGGGCCGAACAUAUCCCACCCUCGCCCUGACGCCAGCCCAGCUCUCCAUAAUCGAGUCGCUCAACUCCGUGGGAUUCCGCAAAUACCCGGUCUACAUCCACAACCAUCGACAUACCCAUGCAGCAAUCAUCGUGCGGGCCCCUAAGCCGGGCUUCGACGAAGGCAAGGUAGUCAUCAAGCAUUGGCUCGAUACAGAAUUCCAGAUCUAAACGGGGACCCAUCGAAAAUGCGGGGUGCGGAAAUAGUCGCAUGUUUGCAAAUCCCAUCGAGUCCUCGUAUAGGAAACAUCAGAAGAGGACACGGUUAGUAAUAAGCGUCCUGAAUGGAUCCGCCCCCGCUCCAACGAGCGCCGGUGCUUGUCCGGUCCUGGGCAUGAGGGGUCAGUGGUUC